AGGAUGAUACUUGAUGCCAUAUCUCCAGUGGCGGCGGCUACGCGUCUAAAUAUACGGUGCUGAUUUCUAUUUUUGUUCGCGUUUGUCCUGUUGUUUUAAAAUCAUCUCCCUUCCUUCGUUGGUACUGACCUGUUUCCGUUUUGGCCGCAGCUUUAUCCUCUUGUAAUCAACGCUGCGUUUGUUGUUCUGUUUCAACCUGAAACCCCUUUCGAUUCCUUCAAUUCCAAAGAGCCUUCCUUGACUUGAGAAGUACACUCCCGAAUCACCGAUAUCCUUCCCUUUUCUGUUUCCUUUGACUUCCUGCCUUCUCCAUAGUAUUGUGAUGAAAAUUCCAUGCUGAUCUGCAUUCCUCAUUCUCUCCGUCUAAGUAUUCCCUCUUCUGUGUCCCAACAUCCUACGAUCAAUGGAGACUUCAGAUUCGUACCACCCCCGGAGCUCUCUAAAUGGGGAUUUUGGGUUUGGUGCCAGUGAUCGGAGAUUCGCGUUCUCCCGCCAAGCUUCGCUCAAACAAUCGCAAGAACCUCACUCACCUGUUUCAUUCCCUUUGAACAAUUCCGGAAGGCCUUUCCUUUCCCGGACUGACUCCAGCAUAGACAUUCCUCGGGGCCAUUAUUGGUCAGGCCAAGGUCACUACUUUUCUGAGGAAAAGUCCCCGGAGAAAGUCUCUUGGUCCUCGUUUAUUUUCUCUGCUUUUCGAAACAUUAGGUCUGGGCAUAGAUAUAUGAAGAGAUUAUUUUUUAUGAUUUCCCUGAAUGUAGCAUACUCCACCGCAGAGCUAUUCAUUGGCCUUUUUACUGGGCGUGUAGGUUUGGUGUCUGAUGCAUUUCAUUUGACUUUUGGAUGCGGUCUUCUGACAUUUUCACUAUUUGUUAUGGCCGCCUCAAGGAAGAAGGCUGAUGGAGAUUAUACAUAUGGGUAUAAAAGGCUUGAAGUUUUGUCUGCAUUUACAAAUACUGUAAACAGCUGUUUUCUUCUGUUUAUGUCAUUUUCUCUAGCGGUUGAAGCACUUCACGCAUUCAUACAAGAUGAAUCGGAGCACAAGCAUUAUUUGAUUGUUUCAGCUGUGACCAAUUUAGUUGUGAAUCUCAUUGGCGUAUGGUUCUUCAGGAAUUAUGCCCGGAUUAAUCUUACUUAUAGAAAUGCUGAAGAUAUGAAUCAUCAUUCAGUUUUCCUGCAUGUUCUAGCAGAUUCUAUUCGCAGUGCAGGUUUGAUAUUGGCAUCCUGGUUACUGUCCAUUGGGGUGCAGAAUGCAGAAGUCUUGUGUUUGGGACUAGUUUCAGCUGCGGUUUUUACGCUAGUCCUGCCACUCUUUAGGACAACCGGUGGUAUCUUGCUUCAAACGGCACCUCCUAGUAUUCCAACUUCUGCUAUGAGCAAAUGUUUGAGACAGAUAACUGCUCGGGAAGAUGUGCUGGAAGUUUCACAAGCUCGUUUUUGGGAGUUAGUUCCUGGUCAUGUGGUUGGUUCGCUCUUGAUUCAGGUGAAGAAAGGGGCGGAUGAUCGCCCGUUACUAGGACUUGUGCAUGGCCUCUACCAUGAACUGGGCGUGCAGGACCUUACGGUGCAGACUGAUGAUACAUGAGCGUCUCAUAUUCAUGGAUUUCUGCAAAUGAUUACAGACCAUGGAUUGCUUUUAUUUAUUUAUUGUCCUCGCUCUGCUGGUCAAAGAACAAUGACUUUAUUUCUCAUAGAAAAGGGAUGAGUGAAUUUUAGAAAAGUAUUACGCUGUCACAGGCAAUAUCCAUUUCCUUCCCCUCCACAGUUAAAAAAAAAAGGAGCCAGGCAUGAAAACUAGGGCCUAUGCUGAAUAACAAUGUUAAUGAUCACGGAUACUUGUCAACUACCAAUUUACCAUAGAUCUGAUCUGUUCAUGUUAAAAGUGGAUGGCGUGCUAUCUUAUUUUUCACAUUUUUUAAAUACUUCUAUUCUAG